AUGUCUCAGAAACUGGAAAAGCAAAAUGUUCAUUCCUAUGAUGUUAUGGAUGCAGCUGGUUGGACCUAUAUAAAGUCUAUUAAUACUGCUUAUUGUAAAACAUGUGGACUGAGAGUAUCUGAAUGGACUAAAGAAAUGGAUCCAUUUGCAAUUCAUGCAAAACAGAGACCUAAUUGUUUAUUUGUUCAACUUAAGAAUACAAAUGAAUUGUCAUUUUCUCAUAUAUCAACUGCAGAUAAUCAAGAAAAGCCGGUACAACAUCGAAAGAUUGAUUCAGACAAAGAAAAUGUGUUAAUUGAACUCAAAAGUUUGAAAAAUAUCCGUCGUCGUACAUUUUCGCAUUGGCAUCAUGAACAUGGAAUUACAGCAGCACAAAUGAUUUCAGCUGGAUUUUUUAAUUGCAAUGUUGGUGAUCGAGUUAUUUGUUUGUAUUGUAAUUUAAUCUGUCAACAAUGGAUAUCGGAU